UGCAUACCUUAGCUGUUAGCACCAUUGCUCCGGUCCCUUCUCAGUUCUCAUGCUUUGGCGAUUCACCUACUUCUACAUAACUUUCUACCUUCCCUUCUCUAGCUUUGUUCCAAUAGAUUAGACAUGGCAUGCAAGAUUAAACCAUGGUAUGCGAUACUUGUGCUACUGAAUUUGGUGUCACAAUUGCAAGAUUAUUGUGCUCAUGCAGCUCCACAAGCGCCGUGUUUUUUCAUUUUCGGAGACUCCUUGGCAGAUAAUGGCAACAACAACAACCUUGCAACCGUUGCUAAAGCCAAUUACCACCCGUUCGGCAUCGAUUUCCUUAACCAAACCACCACUGGAAGGUUUACUAACGGCCGAACCACGGUGGAUAUUAUAGGUGAACUUUUGGGCCUUGACAAACUUAUUCCAUCAUUUGCAACUGCUGGAGGGAGGGACAUACUAAUUGGUGUUAAUUAUGCAUCUGGGGGAGCAGGCAUUCGUGAUGAGACUGGAAAGCAACUGGGUGGUAGGAUCAGCCUAAACAGGCAAUUGCAAAAUCACAAGGUUACACUCUCGAGUUUGAUUAAAUUACUAGGAACUCGAGAGUCAGCAGCAAAUCACCUCAACAAGUGCUUAUAUUAUGUUGCCAUGGGCAGUAAUGACUACCUAAACAACUACUUUGUGCCUGGUUAUUACAACACAAGCAGGCUAUACACCCCUGAACAAUUUGCCAAGGUCUUAAUUGUUCAAUAUUAUAAGCAAUUAAAGAGAUUGUACCAUCUUGGAGCAAGGAAAAUUGCCUUGCCAGGACUUGGACCAGUUGGGAGCAUUCCUUAUGCAUUCUCUAAUUUAUGCCGCAACAACGUAGCCACCUGUGUAGCAAAUAUAAACAGUGCAGCCCAGGUUUUUGAUGCAAGACUUGUGCUGCUUGUUGAUCGACUCAAUAGAGAUUUGGAGGAUGCACAUUUCAUAUAUCUGAACAGUUCUGGGAUGUCUUCUGGGGAUCCUUCUGUUCUAGGAUUCAAUGUUGUAGAUGUUGGAUGCUGUCCAGUACGCAGUGAUGGUCAAUGCAUUCCAAACUCAAAUCCAUGCAAAAAUAGGACUGAAUAUGUAUUUUGGGACGCUUUUCAUCCCACCGAGGCUCUCAACCAAUUCACCGCAAGGAGAUCCUACACUGCUUUUCUCCCAUCUGAUGCUUACCCCUAUGAUAUCAGCCAUUUAGUUCAAAUCAAGCUCUAAUUGAAGACACAUAAUUCAGACUUCAGAGAUAACAACUAUUUUUAUAUUUAUGUUUUCUCGGUCUCUCCACUGCUGAUAUUAACUUUAUAUGUUAAAACAGCAGCUCAAGAAGUGGUGCAGCAUGUACUUUGUU